CCAGCUUUGUGCGGGCGGACCACGCCCCGGCCGCGGCGCGGUGCGGUAGUGCACCACUAGGCUAGCUUAGCACUCAGCUGCUACAUCCGGGCGCUCUGCUCGGUGUAGAAACCCUGCGAAGAUGGCGACUUCAGGGAGGAGUGCGUUAUUAUCCUCCACCUCAGCUGGACCCAAGAACACACUGGAGAGCUCCAACACAGAGGAGGAGGACGGACAGGACUUAUGGUCUACCAUCCUGAGUGAAGUUUCAACCCAUUCAAGAUCAAAGCUACCGUCGGGGAAAAAUGUCCUGGUCAUGGGUGAGGUGGGUUCAGGGAAGACAACCUUGGUUGCAAAACUUCAGGGUAUUGAGGAAUACAUGAAGGGGCGUGGCCUGGAAUACCUCUACUUCAGUGUCCAUGACGACGACAUUGAUGACCACACAAGGUGUAACGCGUGGGUGUUAGACGGAGACCUUUAUCACAAAGGUCUGCAGGGAGUAGCUGUCCCAGUGGACUCGAUCGGGGACACAUUGCUGCUGAUAACGCUGGACAUGUCACGGCCUUGGAAUGCCCUGGACUCUCUCCAGAAGUGGGCAGCCGUUGCUAGGGAACAUAUCGACAAACUCCGAGUCGCCCCGGAAACGCUGCGAGAGCUGGAGCACAGACUUGUAAAACAGUUCCAGGAGUACACAGAGCCUGGUAGUGGGGAGGAUGGCACCCCGCAGAGAAGGAGUGAAGAUGAGGAGAGUGUGCUUCUGCCGUUAGGAGACAACACACUAACACAUAAUCUAGGAAUACCAGUGGUGGUGGUCUGUACCAAGUGCGAUGCCAUCAGCACGUUGGAGAAGGAGCACGACUACAGAGACGAGCACCUGGACUUCAUCCAGUCUUACGUCAGGCGUUUCUGUCUGCAGUAUGGUGCGUCUCUGGUUUACACAUCAGUGAAGGAGAUGAAAAACCUGGACAUCCUCUACAAAUACUUGGUCCACAGACUCUACGGCUUCCCCUUCCACUGCCCGGCACAAGUGGUGGAAAGAGACGCUGUCUUCAUUCCAUCAGGCUGGGACAAUGAGAAAAAGAUUGCCAUACUUCAUGAGAACUUCCAGACAGUAAAAGCUGAUGACAGCUUUGAGGACGUAGUAGUCAAACCGCCAGUCAGAAAGAUUGUACAUGAAAAGGAGAUUCAGGCGGAAGAUGACCAAGUGUUUCUGGUGAAACUGCAGUCACUGCUCGCCAAACAGCCCGCUGUGACAGCAGGGCGACCAGUGGACACCACCAGUAGAGCACCCACCGGUUCCCCCAGGACGAGCAAUCGCUCUGCUGCGGCCAACGUAGCGAACGCCAUGCCACAGUCAGGUCAGACCAGUGAGGGCGUGUUGGCCAACUUCUUUAACAGUCUACUGACAAAGAAAGCGGGGACAGGGGGUCCUGGGACGCCAGGAGGCGGUAACAACACGCCAGGAACAGUACGCAAGUCAGGUUCUAAGCUGGGCCUGGGUGACGUACAGGCAGAGCUAGACCGUAUUUCCAGCCGGGAGAGUGACUCGGACUUGCCCAAUGCCAAUGAAACCCCCGCCACCGACAGCCAGGACACAUGAAGACCACACACUUUACCCUGCUCUCCUUCUCUCUCCCCAUCCCCUGCCUUUCUCCUCAGUGGUCUUCCCUCACUAACCUCCCUUGUCCUUCCUCAAUCCACUCUAUCACCAAGAUGCCGGGAGAAAGAGAGGUGUAGAGAGGGAAAAGGAGGGUUGGACACACAGAUUUACCUCCCUGUCAUCUUUCACUUUCAGAAGAACACCCUCUCUCCUCCCCUGAUUCCUUCUCCCACACCUCUUUCUCCUUUUCCCUCCUCCCUCUCUUCUCUUCCUGGCUGUUAUGCUAAGGGCGAAUAUUUGUCACUGUUACAUACAAGACUGUCUGUUACAUGAGGGUAAAUGGAUAUGGGGGACCAAUGGGGGUGUGUGUGUGUAGAGGAGAGGGCGAGAAGAAGUCAGAGUCAGGGUUGAAGAAAAAAAGAUUGCAAGGAUGAAAGUGUGGGUUUUUCUAUCCAUCCAUUUCUUGUGAUGGUGAAGUUAGCGUUUUUACUGUAGGAACAGCUGAAGGGCGCAUGUGGAAGAGUCUGUCCUUAGGUAAUUUAGGGAUGAUUGCUUGAUUGUGUUUCAUGUAAGGUGGGGCAAGUCAAGCUUGGCCAGAGGAAGAGAUUGAGAACAAAAAAAAAUGCCUGAAACAAAAUUGCAAACAGUCUUGUUUUUUAAGAUGAAGGGAAAAACAUGUGUGUGUGUGUGUGUGUGUGUGUGUGUGUGUGUGUGUGUGUGUGUGUGUGUGUGUGUGUGUGUGUGUGUGUGUGUGUGUGUGUGUGUGUGUGUGUGUGUGUGUGUGUGUGUGUGUGUGUGUGUGUGUGUGU